UUUUUUAUACAGGCUGGAUGUUGUAAUGCCAGGUGCGAUUGCGAUAGACUAAGCUCGAGUUUUUUAGACAUAUUCCGCAAACCUGCAAGAUCAAGCUGCUCUGCACUGACAGUAGGCUACCGUGCGCUUUGACAGCUAACUGGCAGCGGAAACCGCGGAAACAGGAAUAGCAAGCCACCAGCUGCUCCGUGUCUGACACCGCCUGUCAAAACAAAAACGUCAUCUUCUGGAGGCAACCAUACAGUAUUGCUGUAGCCUACCUUGUCGCGGGACAAGUAUUGUCCCAUCACAAACGGGUUGACCUUAUUUAGUCUACUUCGCGGUGACCGGCAUGCUACUGCUGGUCUUAGCUGUCCCGCGUCAGCAGCUGUCCUGUUGCGUAGGUUCGGUGAUGGCAACUAACUCCCGGCUGUAAUCAUUAUUUAAUCAGCUUGUUUAUACGUUCGAGAGUGGGGCAGCAUCAAGGAGUGAUUGUUUGUUCGCCAGUAAUGCAGCAGUCGGAAAACAGCGCAGGGGAGGCUGCGGUAGAGCUUACCGACCUUCCCAACGCGCUUAUCGCAUGUAAAGUACUGGAGGAUGUCUUCAAUGACGACCAAUUGAAGGCUCGGUUUGAAGCCGUGUUCCUGGCCUUCGAUGCCGGCACAACGUUCCAGUUCUUCAAGAGUUUCCGGCGCGUGCGCAUCAACUUCACGGAUGCCCUCGCCGCGGCUGAGGCUCGCGAGAAGCUGCACAAGACUGACUUCAACGGCAAAGAGAUGCGCCUGUACUUUGCACAGUCGGUCCACAUUGGCAGCCCCAGCCUGCAGCCUCCCAAGCCGGACAAGCAGUUCCUCAUCUCCCCUCCGGCGUCCCCUCCGGUGGGCUGGCAGCAGACGCCCGACGCCCAGCCGCUUAUCAACUACGAUCUGCUGCGUGCCGUCUCCAAACUGGGGCCAGGGGAGCAGUACGAGCUCCACACCGGCACACCCACCACCCCCAGCGUGAUCGUCCACGUGUGCGAGACCGAGGAGGACAGCUCGGAGGGCGAGGCCGACGGCGGAGCGGACGGUGGCGAGGGGGGCAAGCAGCGCGCGCGCCCCAAGAUCAUCCAGACCCGCCGCCCAGACUUCGCCCCCGCCGUCACGCAGUGAGCCGCCCCGGCGUCAAGGUCCAGAGUUUUUUCAAAAGCCUGUGGUGGCGGUGGUCGCCAUGAAGCUGCUGUCUCUCUAUUUGUCAUCCCAAGCACCAGGGGGCGCUGGGGGGUGGGGGGGGGGAGUCUGCCCCCCACACACAUCACAGCCAGAGACGCCAGCAGCAACUCCUCAUCCGAAAAUACACUUUUCCUCUCUCCCACUCCCCAUCUCCCUCUAGCAUACGCAGAGGACCGGAGAUCCGUCGCAUCUGGGAUAUGGUCAUAACAUUGUAAACUGUUUUGUUUGUUUUUCUAAAAAAAAUCACAGCAGAUAUUGUGUCUCUUUUUUUUUUCUUUUUUGUCUUUUGCUCUGUUUGUGAUCCAGGACAACUGUGAGACGGAGGAAGAUGGACUGUACUAGCUGUUUUGUGUGGGGCUUUGACGCCUCCAUCUCCUGUGCUGAAUACAGCUCUGCCCCUUCCAGACAGGUGUGUGAGAGCAGUUGUGUUAACCGCUGUAAAAUACUGUGUCUUUUGUGUCCAGUGGAUGAUUGUGUCUUGCAUUGUACAGCCUCUCAAGGUUAUGGGGGAGGUUCUUUUUUCCGUAUUUGCCACUAUGAUCUUUGUGUCGUCUGUAAUGUAAAACAAACAUACAAACAAACAAACAAA